CUUCCUGUUUCCGGCGCGCGUGUUCUCUCAGUCUUGCUUGCUGUUCGAAGAUGGCGACACGCAAGGAAACAACACCGGCCGCCGCCGCCGUUACCCCCGCCGCACCCACCACGGCCAGCGUCACCGCCGCCGCCGCCACCACCACCGCCGCUGCUAUCACCGCGGCCACCCCGGCUCCCGCCGCCGCAGCCACCGCCACAUCCACAACCGAAAACGCAGUGAAACAAGUCCAGAUAGACGGGCUGGUGGUGUUGAAGAUCAUUAAGCAUUACCAAGAAGAAGGCCAUGGAAGCGAGGUGGUUCAGGGAGUGCUGCUCGGCCUGGUGGUUGAUGACCGUCUUGAAAUCACAAACUGCUUUCCCUUCCCACAGCACACAGAGGAUGAUGCCGACUUCGAUGAAGUUCAGUAUCAAAUGGAGAUGAUGCGUAGCUUGCGUCACGUCAACAUUGACCAUCUUCACGUUGGAUGGUACCAGUCCACAUACUAUGGCACCUUCGUCAGCCGAGCUCUGCUGGAUUCCCAGUUCAGUUACCAGCAUGCCAUUGAGGAAUCUGUGGUUCUCAUUUACGAUCCAAUUAAAACUGCUCAAGGCUCUCUGUCGCUUAAGGCUUAUCGUCUAACGCCCAAAUUGAUGGAAGUCUGUAAAGAAAAAGACUUUUCUGCUGAAGGACUGAAAAAGGCAAACGUCGCUUUCGAGCACAUGUUUGAAGAAGUCCCGAUCGUCAUUAAGAAUUCACAUCUCAUCAAUGUCCUGACCUGGGAGCUGGAUAGGAAGGCUCCUAUUACUGAAAAACACGAACUUCUCAGUCUAUCUAGCAGCAAUCAUCUGGAGAAGAGCCUUCAACUCCUCAUGGACAGGGUGGAUGAAAUGAGCCAGGACAUUGUAAAAUUCAAUACAUACCUGAGGAACGCAAGCAAGCAAACACAACAGAAAAAUCAGUACCAGCAAAGGCGACAACAAGAAAACAUUCAGCGUCAAAGUCGUGGAGAGCCACCGCUACCUGAAGAAGAUGUUAGCAAAAUGUUUAAGCCUCCUUCACAACCGCCAAGAAUGGAUUCACUUCUGAUUGCAGGUCAAAUUAACACUUAUAUCCAGAACAUCAAGGAAUUCACCUCUCAAAAUAUGGGAAAACUAUUCAUGGCAGAAGCACUGCAAAAUCAAGCCAACUGAAUCCAUUGUAGAAGCAUUUUUUUAAGAUUAAAGAAAUAAAUUAUGAGAGAUGUCAUGAGAAAUCAUACGAAUUCUAGAAAAUAAAAUGUUAACAUCCUC